AUGGGAGACUUGAUGCAGAGAAUCAUGGAAAUGAUUCAGGCUGAGCAAGCAGCCAAAGGGUCAAACUCAUUCAACAAUGGGUUCUUCCCUCAAAAUAAUGGUACUUCAAACUCAUUCAACAACCAUGGCAGUGGCCCCCAGGAUUUCAAGGGUGCAACCAUCAACAGUGGCCAAUAUGCAGGUAACCGUAACAAGGUUCGCGCCUCCAACCACUACGGUGGACGUGUUAUCAAUAACAGUGGCACUUUCAAUGGCAAUGGCAACGGGGGUUACAUCGAGGGUGGCUUUAACUCCUCUACAAAUAACUACUACGGUCGUUAUUAA